GGAAUUCUUUCCCUUCCGUUCCCUAUUUGGGUUCAGAGCACAAAGAAUAAGUGCUUAUCCUAGCCUUCAUCCGGGAUGUCCUAUUACGGUAACCACGGUUUUAAGUAAUAUGGCGCAAAGAAAACAGACUGAUAAUCUCACUCUUGACCGCAGGAGGUUGAGGAUCUCUGGACAUCUAUUGGACUCUUGCACCAAAAUACGGACUCUGCUUUGAGCCUUCGAACACUGCGUUCCAAAUGCAUCCGAACGUUUCGGUGUACCUUAUGCGCGGCGACUUCUUUGUUUGGCGUCAUCGCAAAUAUAGCCAGUACAAAAUGAAACAAAAAAGCCGUUUAUGCUAUCCUACCAGAUGGUUCAAGGUGAUAAAGAAAUACCCUGCUGCACUUUCGUCCUGUCGAUGCCAUGGCUGCAAUCGGAAAUAUGGACGCGAUCUUCUCGCCGGAAGAGGAUCUCAUGGGAUAUGGAGCUGCUUGCUUCUGAUCAACUGAAAUAAAAGGCACGGACAAUCUGGGACAAGAGGAAAGUCACAAUUGAGGAGCGAGUAUCGAUUUUGUGCCCUCUGCUUGUCUCCCACCUCAAAGACGGCUGUCCGGUCCAUUCUAACCGUCAAGAUUGCUAAUCUAUCUGAUGGUUGUGGCAUCCCGUGGAUUGAGAUGAUGCCGAGAGUAUCGAAGCGAUUACGAUCUUCUCAUCGUUUGACGGAAGAGAGCAUUGCGUCCGGUAUGGGCCCAGUGCAGAAUGGGAGCAGGCCUCCCAAUGCCCAUGUCGGCAGUGCUGAUUCUGGUUCUGAUCUUGAUACUUCGAGAUUGGCAACGAGACGCAAGACGCUCGUUGCUGCGGCUUCAGCUAAUGCCGAUACUCCGGAACCGGUACCCAAACGAAUAAGGGCUUCUAAUACAAUGGAAGAAGGAACGAGUGCAUCAUUUCCAUUUCAAGGCUCAAGUGGGAGACCAACGGGGUUAGGAUUGAGCGUUCCCAGACAAGAAUUAGACCGGCUGACUGCCAGAUACUCCGCUCCUCUGUCUGGUACUUCUGUGCCUACACCUUUGUCUGCCGCGGGUUCCUGUUCGAGUUUGGGUUCACGUACGCCUUCAACAGUUAUCUCUUGGACUCAUACUUCCUUUUCUCGUUUUCCUCCCCAUGGCCCUCUUAUGGUUAGAUUUCCUCUCUAUGGAGGCGGCUCUCAAAGCGGGUCCAGCCCUUCUUCAGCGAAUGCUACGUCUUCCAGUACACCUCCAGGAAUAGGUCUUACCGUCAGAUUCUCGUUCGGUGGUAAUCAAAUAAGGACCGCCCAUUCAGUCUCAGGAAACCCUUCGUCCAAUGUUCAGAAUGCUAGUCAGGGCACUGGAAACCCGCCCAAGGGUGAUGACGAACAAUCACCUCCAUCUACUCCCACGUUUCCUGUCGGCUCACCGAUAACGUUGGGCAGCACUGGAGGGCUUGAAAUUGGCUUUGGAGUAGAUGCGCCACUGCCUCGUUGGGUAGUCGUUGAGGGCUCUGAAAGCGAAGCUAUCACUUGGCAACCUGGUGAUUCGAAUAAUAGGCAACGGACACCACUGCAAUCACAGCAUGCACAAUCCAUUAAACCAGACCCAGAUUCAAGUGAUUCUAAGGAUGAUUCAGGCUCGUCUGGCAGACAAGGUAGCAACCAGCAACCAGGCGGUUCGAAAGAUGGGCAGCAACCACAAGCUCAGCAGAGACAGCGUAAUGGUCCAAACUCAAAUGCUGGUUCUGAUAUUGAGAAACCGCCGCCGCAACAGCUAAGAUGGUCGUUCGAAGCAGGUCCCCCGGACAGAUGGGGAGGAUUAACCGAAGACCAAUUGCGUAACUACGCAUACGGGGUUCUAGAAGAAGUUCUGUCCCAUGUAUACAUGAGGGAGAGACUCCGGGAUUACAUCGUCGGAGUUGACAGUUCAGUCCAGCAACUGGCAUCACAAGCCGAGGACCCAUUACCACCUCCACCACCCGAAACAGACAUACAGACCCCCCAGCGAGUCUCCCCAAGGCAGAGUACGAUUAACGGGCCGACUGGACAACCCGCACAGAGCCCUCGUCACUAUGAUUUAUCAGACUCCUGUCGACCCCCAGUUGCAGCGCGACCAAAUAUGUACGCUCCUAAUGCUACCCCCAUGCAUCCUCUGAUAGUCAGGCUACUAGAACGGGUGAAAGGAGACCUCUUCAGGCGCCCAGCCCCGGCGACCAAUUCGACCGGAACUGGAACUGGAACCGGAUCUAGUAGGUCCAAGCAGAGAAAGAAUCCUGGAACAAGAUGGGCAAACGAUACAUCGGCCAGGGCAACGAAAACAGCGCGAGGGAAAACCACUCGAAAAUCUGCUACUAAGCAAUCUACAAAAAUCUCGACCACCACAGGAACAAAAACAACAACUGGGGCUAAAACGAGGUCACAGGCCAGUGGUGUAACCAAGACGGCAGCGAAAAAACACUCCUUCCAAGGCUGCGACAAGGGGCAAGUCAACGUUAACUGCUGCAAGUAAGACCACACGUGUAUCGAAAACAACCUCAACAGGAAGAGGGGCCAGAUCAGAAACAAGGAACACACAGGAUACAACCUCUGGCGGGUGCUCCUCCGAAACAGCUAGCGGAGAUGGCACUUCAAGUGGCACUACUUCCAAGUCCGCCACAAAACAACCGAAAACCGCGAGAGGAAGUAAACCUACUACUACUACAACUAAUAGAGGGAGUAGUAGAUCAAGGGGAGUUGCAAAGACACAAUCAACACCAGCUUCGACUUCAACAACAGACGGAAGCGGAAGCGGAACUAGGGAACGGGGAGGAAGGAGAAGAUCUCGAGGGUGAAGGAGAGGAAAGAAAUGAAUGAAUUGAUUCAUCGCGAGAAGAAGCAUUCCUUCUAAAUGGAUAGAUGGUGUGUCCGUAUCCAGUCUGGAACUGGGAAAUCGAAAUCACCAAAUUAACUUAAACACUUGUAACAAGAGAUGAUUCACAAUUUGGUCUGUGUUCCUUGUAUUCUGCAUUCAGUCUCAGAUAUCAAUUGCUACAUCUACAUGUAAAUAAAUGUAUUCAAAUUUAUUAUCAACAAUCA